UCCCAGCACUCAGCACUCUCUUAAAAAACUUUGUCGAACGCGGUGGUUGCUGCUCCGAGUCCGCCGAAAUCGAAAUCCAGCUGAGCAAAAGCUAUCCAUCGGCUGCAUACCGGACGAGUUGUGGGAUCUCGAGGCAAGAUCGCAGCACGUCAAAAAUAAAUGUUUACCUCGGGCGGCGACGCGAAACUUGCGGUAUUUAGUGCGGCUAAGAGAGUGGUUCCUGAUCGCCGUGUUCUCCCCGUUCUUGUUCUGGUUUAAUUCCAAUUGGAAGAAGCCUUCAAUCCGGCGAAAAAUAUAUUUUUUUAUUAAUUCGGCGAGACGUUCUUCGUUUGAUUCCAAAUCCGAAACCGAUUCCGUCGUCGUGUCUGUUGUCACAGCGAAAAUUAUUCGUCGCAGCAGAGACCGAAAAUCGGUCCAUAAAACAUAAAAACCGCUGGCCAGCGACAGCAGCAACAAUAUAUACAUAUACAUAUAGUAAAUAUAUAUUUAAAAUUCGGAACGAGACGCGAAAGGCAAGGCAAACCGAACAAGCAAAACAAAAGCCAAGUGAACGUGCUGCUUCUUCACCUCGUUUCUUCGACACAUUCUGGAUCGGAUCAUCAUCGGGCCAACGGCCACUGAGUCUGAGUGUUACCUGAGUCUCGUCUCGAUCACCUUCGCCCCUUGCAGCCGGCAAUUAGCAACCCUCUUUCGAAUUCCCUCAUUCUCUGUAUUCCUGCGAUCGUGAGCAAAACAAACAGGAGGAGAAUAGGACAUCAUCAUGGCCAUGCAACGGGAAGCCGGAGUCCAGGACUUUGUCCUGCUGGACCAUGUUUCCAUGGAGAAAUUUAUGGAUAACCUGAGAAAAAGAUUCCAAGUUGGUUCCAUCUACACAUACAUCGGCGAGGUGUGCGUCUCGAUGAAUCCCUACAGACAGAUGAAUAUCUAUGGCCCGGAGACGAUCCGCAAGUACAAGGGCAGGGAGCUGUUCGAGAAUGCUCCGCAUGUGUUUGCUAUUGCCGAUGCCGCUUACAGGGUGCUCAAGCAGCGCCAGCAGGACACGUGUAUCCUGAUUUCGGGAGAAUCUGGAGCCGGCAAAACUGAGGCCUCGAAGAUCAUUAUGAAGUACAUAGCGGCAGUGACGAAUGCACAGGGACAGAAUGAGAUUGAAAGAGUCAAGAACGUACUCAUCCAGAGCAAUGCUAUCCUGGAGACCUUCGGCAAUGCCAAGACGAAUCGCAACGACAACUCCAGCCGCUUCGGCAAGUACAUGGACAUUGAGUUCGACUACAAGGCGGAUCCGGUGGGUGGCAUCAUCACAAACUACCUGCUGGAGAAGUCGCGAGUGGUGCAGCAGCAGCCUGGGGAGCGCAAUUUCCACAGUUUCUAUCAGCUACUCCGCGGUGCCAAUGACAACGAACUGCGGCAAUAUGAACUCCAGAAGGAGACGGGCAAGUACCAUUACUUGAACCAGGGUAGCAUGGACAUUCUGACAGAGAAGUCUGACUACAAGGGCACUUGCAAUGCCUUCAAAACGCUGGGUUUCUCGGCGGAUGAAGUGCAGACUAUUUGGCGAACUGUGGCGGCCAUUCUCCACCUGGGAAAUGUGGAAUUUCAGACCAUUGAGGACGAGCUGGUGAUCACCAACAAGCAGCAUUUGCAGUCCACCGCCAAGCUCCUUCAGGUCACUGAAUCCGAGCUCUCCACUGCGCUGACCAAGCGCGUCAUUGCCGCUGGUGGUAAUGUCAUGCAGAAGGAUCACAAUGCCACACAGGCGGAGUACGGCAAGGAUGCGUUGGCCAAGGCCAUCUAUGAUCGUCUGUUCACAUGGAUCAUCUCGCGCAUCAACCGGGCAAUCCUUUUCCGCGGCAGCAAGACCCAGGCUAGGUUCAACUCCGUCAUUGGAGUGCUGGACAUCUACGGCUUUGAGAUCUUUGACUCGAACAGCUUUGAACAGUUCUGCAUCAACUACUGCAAUGAGAAGCUGCAGCAGCUCUUUAUAGAACUGGUGCUUAAGCAGGAACAGGAGGAGUACCAACGCGAGGGCAUCGAGUGGACCAAUAUUGACUACUUCAACAACAAGAUCAUUUGCGAUCUCGUCGAGCAACCGCACAAGGGCAUCAUAGCCAUCAUGGACGAGGCCUGUCUCAGCGUGGGCAAGGUCACCGACGACACCCUGCUGGGUGCCAUGGACAAGAACCUGAGCAAGCAUCCUCAUUACACAAGCCGCCAGCUGAAACCCACCGACAAGGAGCUGAAGCAUCGUGAGGACUUCCGCAUUACCCACUAUGCCGGCGAUGUGAUUUACAAUAUCAAUGGCUUCAUCGAGAAGAACAAGGACACGCUGUAUCAGGACUUCAAGCGCCUCCUGCACAACUCUAAGGAUGCCAAUUUGAGCGAGAUGUGGCCUGAGGGGGCCCAGGACAUCAAGAAGACCACCAAGAGGCCGCUCACUGCUGGCACUCUGUUCCAGCGUUCCAUGGCCGACCUGGUAGUGACACUGUUGAAGAAGGAACCCUUCUAUGUGCGCUGCAUCAAGCCCAAUGACAUCAAGAGCUCGACGGUGUUCGACGAGGAGCGAGUGCAGCACCAGGUGCGCUACCUUGGUCUCCUGGAGAAUGUGCGGGUGCGUCGCGCUGGUUUCGUAAAUCGCCAGCGUUACGACAAGUUCCUGCUGCGCUACAAGAUGAUCUCGCACUACACCUGGCCCAACUUCCGGUCGGGCAGCGAACGCGACGGAGUCCGUGUGCUCAUCGAGGAGAAGGGCUUCGCCCAGGACGUCAAAUACGGUCACACGAAGAUCUUCAUCCGCUCGCCUCGCACCCUGUUCGCCUUGGAACAGCAGCGCAACGAGAUGAUCCCUCACAUUGUGAUCCUCCUCCAGAAACGGGUGCGUGGAUGGAUUGCCAGGAGGAACUACAAGAAGAUGAAGGCGGCCAUUGCCAUUAUGCGGGCAUACAAGACGUACAAGCUGCGCAGCUACGUCCAGGAACUGGCCAAUCGCUUCCGCAAUGCCAAGCAGAUGCGUGACUACGGCAAGAGCAUCCAGUGGCCACAGCCGCCGCUCGCCGGCCGCAAGGCAGAGGCCAAACUGCAUCGCAUGUUUGAUUUCUGGCGUGCUUACAUGAUCCUGCGCAAGUAUCCACGCAGCGAGUGGCCCCAGCUCAGGCUGCAGAUUAUUGCCGCCACUGCUCUGGCCGGCCGGAGACCCUACUGGGGUCAGCAGCGUCGCUGGCUGGGCGACUAUCUGGCCAACUCACAGGAUAACAGCGGCUACGAUGCCUACUCCACCAAUGUGCGGAAUAUGAAGAACCAAUUGGCCAGUGCAAAUGCCAAUGGGGCGGAAUCCUUCCGCCAGGUGCUGUUCUCCGGCUUUGUGAAGAAGUUCAACAGGCAUAACAAGCAGGCGGAUCGUGCCUUCAUCGUCACCGAUACGACUAUAUACAAGCUGGACGGUAUCAAGAAGAAGUUCCGCAACUUGCAGAGAUCUAUUGGGAUAAGAGAGUUGACUUCUAUUAGCAUAACGCCUGGUCGGGAUCAACUGGUGGUCUUCCACUCCCCCAAGAACAAUGACUUGGUGUUCUCCCUGCAGGGCGAACACACCACCCUGAAGGAAGAUCGCAUUGGUGAGCUGGUGGGCAUUGUUUGCAAAAAAUACCAUGACAUCACCGGCACCGAGCUAAGGGUGAACGUGAGCAACAACAUAGCCUGCAGACUGGGCGACAAGGCCCGCACCAUUGUAGUGGAGGCGGCGUCCAAUGUGGAGAUACCCAACUUCCGUCAUAAUGCUGGCAACAUUAUCUUCGAGGUGCCAGCGUCGUAUUGCGUUUAAGCAGGGAGUGGCGAUUGAUACCACCGCCUGUAUUGUAAAUUAUGGAAACCCCUUAGGCUUAAAAUGAUUUUUUACUUGGACAAAUCCACUCUGUGUAUACCCCGUCGUGCCUUCUGCCCACUCACCCGCUUUCUAUGUAGUUGUUAAACGUCCUCUUCUAGUUAGUCCCAUCUAUGUUCCGUGUCUUCGAUAGGAAAAAGUGAUUGAUUGAUUGAUUGAUAGUCUGUGUAAUUUUGUAAAUUUUGUCUUAUACUAUAAGUCGAUAUAUAUUUAUUUACCGCGUCCAUGCGAGAGAGUGGCCCUGGCUGGCAGACAACAAAAGCGAAAUCGAAAAGUAUUAAAUGUACUUUGUGCAUUUUUUGUUCACAGCACACACCAGAAAUAUUAUAUUUUCUAAAAUAAAUAAUCAACGAGAAACGUUUUGUACUUAAAGCGAAAAAUAUGAAAGUGUGCCAUUUGCAAAUAAUAAUAUUUAUAUAAUGUUUAUAAAAUAAAAUGUGUAAACUUUGUACUUGAAAAGUA